AUGUCCCGCAUCACGGACAUCAACUGGCAGCUCCUUGCUGCCGGCGUGUCCAUCCCGGAGGACGACCUGCGCACCUUCUUUGAUGUGGCGAUGCGGUUCAUGGAGCGCGAAGGACCCGCCGCCAUCGCUGUCCAAGAUGACGGCGGGACCUCAUCCAGGAGGAGCGCCGCCUGCAUCGUCCCAAGAAGCGCACGCCUGUGCUCGCCAUCGGUGGGCCAGGCUCUGGCUCCUUCGCUGCAUCGCCGAUGCACGCUGGCACGUCGCCCUCCGACACGAGCGGUGGACCAUGCUGUUGUUGUGUGGGCGAUAUCCGUCUUUGGCGGAUAA